UUGCCGCACCAUGGAGAGCAGAGCACCACACCUUAUCGUCUUCUUCUCUUGUUCGCGCCAAUGGCGCUCAGCCUCUCGAACCCUCCUCCCUCGUCCAAGAUCGCACUCAAAGCUCCAGUUCCGCCACUCCCGAACCGCUCGUUUCUCUUCCCGCCACCGCGCCUACCUGCUCUCCACGUUACCCUCCUCCUCCGCGGUCCGCCGCCGGGGCGCGUCCAGUCGUCGUCGGCACCGUCGGCCCCGCUGACGGACGGCUCCCCGACGCCCCCGUCGUCGAGGGAGGAGGCGGUCGCGCAGGCCAGGUCGUGCCUGGCCACGGCGCUGCGCAAGCCGCUCAACAACUCGCUCCCGGCGCGGAAGCUCAAGAAGCAGCAGCGGCAGGCCCGGUUCCGCGCCGAGAUCCCCGUGGUCGACGACUCGCCGGGCUCCCUGGCGCGCCUCGCCUUCGACGUCUUCUCGGGCCUCGGCGUGUCCCGGAAGGGCUCGCCGGCGAGGCUGCUCCUCGUCUGGCCCUCCGCGGAGGACCAGGCGGUGGCCGUGCGCGAGUUCAAGAACUGGGGGGACACGUCGGCGCUGGCGCACGCGCAGCUGGACACGGUGGCGCCGGACGCGCUGAGCGCCUGCGACGCCGCCGUGUUCCUGUCGCCGGGGCGGCCGCAGGUGGAGAAGCUGCGCGCGGCCGUCAACGCGCUGGACCCCAGGCCGGCGGUGCUGUUCAACCCGGGGUGGAGCUACGAGGUGGAGGAGGAGGGGUUCGGCGGCGUCGCCAAGGGCUUCGUGGGCUCCUUCAACGUGGUGUAUUCCUUCAUGGGGCUGGAGGUGAAGGGGCUGCUGAGCAAGAAGAAGGGCGUGCUGCUCCGGUGUGUGGAGGGCGGCAGGUUCGGCGGGGAGAGCUGGGUGCUCAUGAUGGAGGACGGGGAGAAGGAGCCGGAGUUGAAGGUGGUGUCGCGGAUGAAGCGGCGGCCGACGGUCGGCGAGGUGGAGAACAUGAUGUACAACCUCAUGGCCGCCAACUCGCCGGUCACCAAGUCCGCCAGGUUCCUCAGGGAGCUCGUCUCCAACGUGACGGGAAGGAAGGGGAAGCAGUGAGAUUGGUUUCCUCGGACUUUUGUGUUCACGGCGUUUCCUGAACUUUCUUUCUUCUGUGUCGUGCAAACUGCCUGAAAUUCUGAAAUGGUUGUGGUGCUACAGCAGCAUGUUUGAUUUUGUAAUUCAGGCGGCAUUUCCAUGGCGUCUGCAGAUUAUGAUAGGCAAUGUUAACCAACGGAUAAGGGAA